AUGCAGUCAGCAAUCAAUCAGAAGAAGCGGCAAGAAGAGAAAAACUCUAAAUUAUUAAGGGAACUUGCCGGUCUCCCUUCUAAUAGGAACUGUUUUGAAUGCGGUCAACGUGGCCCAACUUAUGUUAAUAUUACAGAAGGAUCCUUCUGUUGCACAUCAUGCUCGGGUAUUUUACGUGGGCUUAACCCACCACAUAGGGUUAAAUCAAUUUCCAUGGCAACAUUCACAACAGAAGAAAUCGAAAAGCUCAAAAAUCUUGGAAACGCGGAGAAUUCCAGGACAUGGUUGGGGUUGUAUGGCGGAACUCCUCCGACGAUGACAAAUCGCGAAGAUAUUCAAGCGUUCAUAAACAAGAAAUACGAGCAAAAGGCUUGGUAUGUUUCAUCAGCUGAGCUGGCGGAACAAGAAAAACUACUCUUAAAAGCCAAAGAGAUCGCUAGCCAGGGAGCUUCUAGCACAAGCAGUCGUAGUUCAAAACCACCGGAAAUUGAUUUAUUUGCUUCUGAUCCCUUCGGUUCAAUCGCUCAGUCGAUACCGAGUAAUACCAAUAGCAUUCCAGGCGAUUCUUAUAAUGCUUCUUCCGCAUUACCUCCACAUCCUUUUUCUCCACCAGCAUGUAUGGCUCCUCCCCCUCCUCAACCUUCUCAAUAUCAGCAAAGGCAGCCUCCGUCGUUGAAUCCGGGACCUCCAGCUCAUCCCUUACCCCCAAAAUCGCCAUUCGAUGUACUCGAGAAUACAAAGCCUGUUGACCAGGCUCAAGUGAAGUCCGAGGGACCUAGGGAUAUUUUUGCUGAUUUCGAUAACAAGUUCAAUGGUUUGAGCAUAAAAUCGUCAAAUACGUGUGAAACAUUCAGUAACAUCGCUUUACCACCAAAUGCCAUAAUAAAGUCUGCCACUGUUUCGGGUUUUAAUCCCCUUGUACAGAAAAGCAACCCUUUCGAGAAUGAUAUGACUAUAGGAUCGUUAACAAGUGCCCCUAGUUCGGUAGCUCCCCCACCUCCGGUAUCUGCACCUGAGGUUAAGCCAGUUCAACAAUCGGACACGCCAACACCUUCGUUAAUAACGCAAUCAAGUUCCUGUGCUGAUAAGUACAGUGCACUUGCUGAACUGGAUCAACUUUUUCACAGUCAUCCAACAGGGCAAGGAGAUAGUAAGCCAGCAUGGAUGCCUAGUGGGUUCUCAACUGGUUUACCUCCUGCUACUUAUACCCCCGCUUUCCCCGAUCCUAAACCAGCCUUUCCUGAUACCAAACCCGCUUUCUCUGAAGCCAAGCCAGCGUUCCCAGAAUCUCGUCCCGCCGUUCUACCUAAUAGCUCAAAAAAUUACAUGAGCACGCCUAUGCCUAAGAGCAACACAAUGGGAGCUAUCACUGAUUAUGGAAUGAACAACCCUUUUCUCACCUCUCAACCUCAUGCUAAUUCUCAAGUUUCGUUGAACUCCAACCCUUUUGCCUCUCAGGAACCUGUUCAUCCGUUCGGAGCUCCUCAACAACAACAUCAAGUUCAGCCUUUCCCACAAGGAAUGAAUCAAGCUUGGCCGAACCCCUUCAAUAGUCAGACACCUCAGUUGUCAGCACCAUCGCAGAACACGAACGUCAGUUGGAAUCCAUUUUUAUGA